AUGGCCUCUCUCGUCGAUAUUAACUCUGUUUCUCGAACCGCGAGCAAUCCUGCAACGCCUACGAGAGGCAUUGGCAGGUUUGGAACCCCGCGAACCGUUUUCUCGCCUGUAAGAUACUCUACUGCCAAGCCUGCUGCUUGCAAUGGUGACGGUGAGACGUGCUGGAGCAGCGUGCUCCUGAAGAGCGUGAGACCGCUGCUGGAGAAACUGGCCUUCCAAGGCGUCUCUGACGGGCAACACAAGCCCGCCAAGGUGCACGUUGUACCUGACGCGCCUGAUGUGAAGCGGCCUGGAAUUGGCCGCUUCGGAGGCAAGCCUGCUGCUGCCGUGCUUGCACCUUUGGUUGUCACAGCUGCUCCCACACCAUCUGCUGCUACUGCAGUCACUCCAUCUGCUGUGGUUGCGCCUGUGGUGGUGCCUGAGGUAGCGCCUGUGGCUCCAGUGGCCUCAACAACACCACAGGUGCCCACAGAAACAAUAUCCGAGGAGGCGUGUGCACGUGUUGCUGAUCCGAGUGAGAAAGCGAGGUGGUCUAAGCUGCGUCAGGAGGUUCGAGCAAUGGAUAGUGAAUGGGCCAAAAAGCUGAGAGCACGUGCUGCUUACCUGAGAUGGGCCAAGCUGGACCAGGCGACGUGGGCCAGGGACAUUGAAGCCGCCAUUGAAGCUUCCCUGCCUGCCUGGAUCGUGUCUGGCAAAAUUGUUGCUCCUGCAUCUGCAGCAGCAUGGAGUGUAGCAGAGCCUGCACCACCAGCUGCUCCCUCUGCAGCAGCUGCAGCAGUGAAGUCACCUGCUGUGGCAUCAGCAGUGAGUGGGGCUGUGGAUUGUGAGUGGGCCAAAAAUUUGAGAGCACGUGCUGCUUACCUGAGAUGGGCCAAGCUGGACCAGGCGACGUGGGCCAGGGAUAUUGAAGCCGCCAUUGAAGCUUCCCUGCCUGCCUGGAUUGCGGCUGGCAAAACCGGUCACAUAGCAGAAGCAUGA